ACAGGCAGAGCCGGCAGCGGGCAGAGGCAAAACCUGUUUUGUUUUAAUUAUAAUUAUAUAUGAAGCACACGGAGUUACACAUACGCACGUACAUUGACCAGCGACCACGUAUACACACUUAAGGAUGCGAGGAAUAUAUACAUAUAUAUAUAUAACCUCUGUUGUACUUUGAUCCCUUAUUAGAUAUAUCUAGAGUCUAGACACAUAAGCAAGUCAGAGUGAAUUGCAGUUUUUUUUUUUAUCAUUUAACGCAGAAGACUAUAAGAGUCAGUUUUAGGCGGUACAGCAAUCGAUUAUAGUAUUCGUUUAGAGGAAGUUCCAGACCUUAUUGAACAUUAAAAAUGAUAAAUACAGGAAAACUUGCUGGAUGCACAAUAUUUAUCACUGGAGCAUCCAGAGGAAUUGGCAAAAGUAUUGCUCUCAAGGCUGCUCAGGACGGUGCCAAUAUUGUACUCGCUGCUAAAACUGCCGAACCACACCCUAAGCUUCCUGGUACCAUCUACUCUGCUGCUGAAGAGGUUGAGAAGGCUGGAGGUAAAGCUCUGCCAUGUAUCGUGGAUGUAAGAGAUGAAACCCAAGUAACUAAUGCAGUCAAAAGUGCUGUAGAGAAAUUUGGGGGAAUCGAUAUCCUAGUAAACAAUGCAAGUGCAAUUUCUUUGACUGGAACUUUACAUACCGAGAUGAAGAGAUACGAUUUGAUGAACAAUAUCAAUGCCAGAGGAACUUUCCUCGUUUCAAAAGUGUGUCUUCCAUUUCUUUUGAAAAGUAAAAACCCACACAUAAUUAAUUUAAGUCCACCUCUCAACAUGCAUCCAUUCUGGUUUAAAAAUCACGUUGCUUACACAAUGGCCAAAUACGGUAUGUCUAUGUGUGUAUUGGGUAUGGCUGAAGAAUUUAAAGAUGAUGGAGUUGCUGUCAAUGCUCUGUGGCCCAAGACUGCAAUUCAUACAGCAGCAAUAGAAAUGUUGUCAGGUAAAGAAGCCAGCAGAACUAGUCGCAAGCCUGAAAUUGUGGCAGAUGCUGCUUAUGCUAUUAUGUGCAAGAACAGCAAAUCAGUCACAGGAAACUUUUUCAUUGAUGAAGAAGUAUUAAAAAAAGAAGGCAUCACAGACUUUCUUCAGUAUGCUUGUGAUCCAACAAACGCAGAUAAUUUGAUGAUGGACUUCUUUAUUGACCUGGAUAGUACCGACUUAAGGAUAGUCGGUGGCAAUAAAGAACCAGCAAAAGUUGAAAGUGGAAAAAUUGCUAGUCUGUUUUCUGUGAUUGAAAAGAGCAUAAAUCCUGAGCUUGUCAGUAAAACUGGUGCUAUUUUCCAAUUUAAUGUUAAAGGAGAGGAAGCAGGAACUUGGUUCUUGGAUCUUAAAAAUGGCAAAGGUUCUACUGGUAAAGGAGAGCCAAGUCAGCCAGCAGAUGCCACUUUGACUAUGGACUCUGCUAACUUCUUUGCCAUGUUCUCAGGUAAACUGAAGCCCGCGACUGCUUUUAUGAUGGGUAAACUAAAAAUUAGUGGCAACAUUCAGAAAGCCAUGAAAUUGGAAAAAUUGAUGCUGAACUUGAAGUCAAAACUGUGAGAGACUCAUGUUAUAAAUUGUAAUGUCGUUUUUAACGCAAAUGUUAUUUAUGUCAAUUAUUAUGCCAAUGAAAGGAGAAUGUUAUUACAUUUUUUAUACUUGUAAAGAAUUUUAUACGAAAUGGAAAGAAUAUCAUCAACACUAAUUUAAUAGGCCUAAGUUGUUGAUAAAAAAUUAAUUUUAUAUGCAAGAUUUUUUCAUAUUACAAAAAUAAAACUAUUUUAUAUAAUAUUA